AGUGUAUUCAUUUUUGAAAAUUUGUACUCAAUACUCAGUUUUUCACGCUCUUUCGAAUAAUGUAUUUAAUAUCAACUCUGCACGAGAUCGAAAACUUCUAGUCAGUUGAUAUGUGACAUAAAGCAUAAUGAAAACUGCCAAUCAUCGUUAUGCAUGUCUAUCGAAAAUCGAUAUAUGGUUCGAAUGGAAACAUCAGAAAAAACUGUGAUAGAAAUGUAUUAAAUCAGUAUUUACAUUCAGCUAUGUAUUUACUUUUUGUGUAAAAUGUGUUCUACACAAAGGAUGCUGCUCCAAAACAAUGACGAUUGACAAGCGUAUAAGCAAUUUUUCUUGAGUACAAUGCGGACAUAAGAUGUCACUCAAAACAACUCCCUAAUUUUAGUUGAGCAAAAGAAUUCAACAUCGCACAUAAUUUAUCAAUGACAUACUUCAUAUUUUGUAAAUACUCUCAUUUCGAAAUGAGUUCUAUUCUCAGCAUUUUAAUAAUCGUUCAUUUCAAUACUGAUUUAAUAAUGCAUGAAGAUACAUUCAUAGACUAAAUAUUUCUUCAAUUAUGACCAUGACCGUCCAUAGAACAGGAAGAAUGUGCACAAUUAACUUCUUUUGUAUGUUUCAUUGAAUGAGUAUUUUUCUUCUUGUCGUGACUGCUUGACUUUAUUCAUUUUUGAAAAAAUAAUUGGAAUAAAGAAGAAGGAAAGUAUUAUCGUAAUAUGAAGAAUAUUAACAAAUAUUUCAAAUAAAGUUUUGACUAAAAUUAAUAUCAACAAAUACAACAUAUCUUGUCACAAAUUCUUAUCUGUUGAAAUAAUUCCAAAAACUAUAAGAAUGAAUAAUGAGAUGCAAAUAAUAAUAGCUACUAGUUUUAGUUUAUUGAUUACAUUUACGUUUUAUAGCGUCUUAAAUGAGAAACGAGCGAGCAACUCGCUCUUUCAACAUAUCAUUGCUGAUACUUUUCAUAAUACUUUCUUAUCUUCAGCCUGUCUUAUCAAUCAACGAAGUAGGUAUUUUUGAAAAAUGAAUUUUACGAUACUGGAUGUUAUUUAUAUAGAUAAUACGUCUUGUUCAGUUUCUCUAAGUACCAAUGACAAACGAAAAAUGUUAAUCUUGGGGAGUUGUCCAUUUUUCUUUAUGGCACUGAUAUGGUAUUGUGGUUCUAAAAUAGUACCUCUCUUAUUAUUAGGAAUAUUGACGAUAUUAAAUGUAUGGUUGUUAUCUCGAUGGUGCGAUAGUUUUCACUUUUGGUAUUCAGUUGAUAUAUUAACUGUUUAUUUUCUUGUAUGGCAAUUUAGUUAUCUUAUGUUUCAAUGGUGUUUCCAUAAACUCUCAUGGCCUUGUUUAAUUUUUUAUCAAUCAUUAAUAUGUAUAUUAACAGCUAUUGAAUCAUUCAUAUUUUAUGAUCUAUUUUUUCGCUAUUUUCUGUCAAUUAAUCUUGUUAUGAUUUGGUUUGCUUGUUUCGAUGACAUGUAAGUAAAUUAUGCAUUCGAAAAAUAUAUCUCAUGAAAUUUCUCAACCGUUCAUUUUCGUUGCGUUAGUUGUAACAUUUAGUUACAAUGAUUAUUUUGUCAUGCUUAACGAAACAUGAUCUUUGUGAAAAGUAAAACAAUCAUAAUUUCUUGAGUAUAAAAUAUUUAGAAUUUUCAAAUGAAAAUUUAGACUUGAAACAUGUUCUAAUAAACUAUCAUAUUAAUAUAUAUCAGUAAUAAAUGUUUUUAUAAGUGAAUGUGUUGUUUUUCAUGCUUUUGAAAAAAAUGAAGGUUUCAUUUUUUUUUUUGGAUUAUUUUUCAAUGUCUGUUUAUCUUUUUAUGUAGCAUUGCAUGUCCGUACAUUCAUGGUCGAUUGCGUAAUUUGAUGAAAGAUAAUUCUAUGGAUUACUUAAUGCCAACAUAUCCAACAUUUCCAGUCUUUUGCUAUUAUACACAUGACAUUGAAAAUGGAAUAGAUGCGAUCAAAGGUUGCAGAGCUUUGGGUGAUAGUGAUUUUUUCAUAUAUAAUUUGCUUCUUCUUUGGCUACUACCACCAUUAUCAUCAACAAUAAUACAAAUGUUGGUGAUUUUUGGUUUGACUAUCAAUAUACAAAUUGGUCUUAUGAUCACGGAUUGGACUAGAUCUCUUUGGAAAGAAUACCGAAUGCCAGCUUUAGCUCUUCCUGUAAUCUUUGGUUCAGCAUAUGCUCUAAUUAUUGAUUUUAUUAUAAAAAAUUUUGAUAUUGAUUAUAUCAACAUGUUAGAUUGUGUAUGA